GUCGAGGCUGUCAGCCUUGCUUGACGUAGCUUCCGUCGUCAUUCGACAUCCUACCUCCAUCCUUGGUCCACGCCUGCGCUAGACUCGCCGACCGGGCGCUCCCUAAUGCCCACCCGAUAAUAAUGCUGACGCAGCCAACGGAGACAUGGCGUCGACAUCGCAGAGCGAGGGGCUCCCCUCCAAGCCCCGGCUAGAGCCAGGCCCCUUCGUCCUGCGCACGCUGCUCCACGACGUGCCGCUGUCGGCCGACGGCGACGAGGAGGACAUCCGGAUCAACUGUGUUGACUACUGGGAGAGCAACCUGUACAUCGGAACCUCGGCCUCGGAGCUGCUCCACUUCGUCCAGAUCCCGCCUGAUCCCGCCGACAAGACCGCCACGUCCGUAUUCAUCCUCGCGUCGAGGCUGCGGCCCUUCUAUAUCGAGUCGGCCACCUUGACCGUCGCCCUGCCCGGCGUCCAGCAGAUUCUCCUCCUCCCAAGGGUCGGCAAGGCCUGUGUGCUGUGCAACUCUACCGUAACUUUCUACUCUCUCCCCGAGCUCAGCCCGGUAUACAACGAGAUCAACGUCAAAAACUGCAGCUGGAUAGGGGGUGUCGACCUCAACGAGGAGGCCCCUGGGGCAUCCACGCCCGCCGCGGCGCCCACGGUCCUGCUGUCCCUCAACAAGCGUGUCCAGGUCGUAUCGGUCGGCGAGGAAAAUGUGCGUGGCAAGAGGAACAUCGACUUUGCGGGUUCUAGGCUGUCUGUACGAAGGGACAACAUAGCCUGCGUUGCCGACUCGCACACCUACGCUCUUGUGGAUGUCGAUAGGCAACUCAAGAUCCCCCUGAUGAGUAUCUCAUCCCUGGACCACACCCAGAGCACCGACGUUAUAGGCCAGGUUCAGGAUAUUGGGGCAGGCGCGGAUAGCGGCAACGGCGGUGGUCUAACGCGGAGCUCCUCGUCCGCCACUGCGCGGUCUCCGGCCCCAGGGGGUGCUGGCCAUAAUAGGAGUACCAGCCUCGGGAACUUCAUCACCAGCGUUGCUGCGAGAGCCGAGGCAAAGCCUGCUGGUGACGCUGGACACAUCGCCCCCGAUGUACCCAGCCCUUCGAGAAGCCCUGCGCCGCCGUCAGACAGGGCACUCAGGCCCCCGCCAGCAACCGACAAGCCGCUCCCUCCAGUUGGCCCUCGUGCUGCAACUCCGACCCCAACGCCGGCGCCAGUGCUGCUGAAGCCCCUGAUCGUCUCCCCGACCGCCGACGAGUUUCUUCUCGUCACGGGCACGGGUCCCUCGGAGCCCGGGAUCGGCAUGUUUGUCAACCUCGACGGAGACCCUACGCGCCCAACACUAGAGUUUGAUAGCUAUCCUGACGAAGUUAUUGUGGACGGAGGCUCAUCCGACCUCGCGUCGUCCACACCAUCGCUGGCCCCCGAGGAGGAGGGCUAUGUGCUGGCGGCGAUGAGCAAGCAGUUCCUGGACGGUGUGCAUCACGGCCUGGAGAUUCAGCGGUGGGAUGUGAAUGUGGGCGAAAACGAGCCCGAAAAGUUCUGGCUCGAGGUCAAGGCAGCUAGAAAUGAUGCGGAAGAGAAGGAGGCAGCCGAGAAAGACGCGCCUGUGGGGACGGUGUCUUUGGGCAUCCGCUCCCUUCUCGGUAGUGACGAGUCGCUCCUGAACGAGGUUGUAGAGAGACUCCGGCAUCAGCGUUUCUCCCCAUUCUCCUCUGGCCGACAGAACCCGGGCACCAUGUCUUUGCGGAGUGUCGACUCCCGCACGGCACUGUCCAUGGAGCGUGUCUCUAAAGAGAGGGAUCUCUUCGAGCGAGACCUGGAUGCCCCCGAGGAAGAGCCCCUCCCCGAAGGUUGGGAGGCUGCGCGGGGUGCCGAGGAAGAAACAGCGGCCGCUCGACUGGCCAAGACGGUUGGGAGGCUCGCAGUAUGGGGCGAGAAGAACAUAUGGUGGGCUGUAAGGAACCCUCUGCUUCUACAGCUGGAGGCGGGCCUGGAAGCGAACGCGUUAGACGGCGACCCGGCCGCUGUUCAUGCGGCCAAGGACCGUCGCCAGCUCUUCGCUGUACUCAACACGUUCCGCGGCAGGGACCCCCGCACGGAGCUCGAGUUCAGGACCUUCAGCUACGUUAGGCAGCGGGCUGGGGUUCUCCUGUUCGCCAGCUUCCUGCGCUCCUCCGAGACUCCGUUUUCGGAGCCUGAGCUCAAGGCGCUGGAAGAUAUCAUACUCGAAGGCGGGCUGGACCCCAGGAUAGUCUUGUCCAUGGUACCCGGCCUGCGGCAUGAGAUCAUCGAGGGCCGUACCGGAAUAUGGGUGUUUGGGGGAGUCAAGGGGACCGUUGAGAGGUAUCUGUCGAGCAGCAUGUUCGAUGAAGUUGGCCAUGCUGUCAAUCUCCUGGACCCAAAGGUGCUGAGCUUUCUUCGGCGGCUGCUUGCGGCUUUCCGUCGAAGGAAGGGGUUUGGAAGCGUCCCCGACGAGCACGAGGUGUCUCGCACGGUCGACGCGUCGCUCCUGGCGGUACUGCUGGAGCUGGACCGCGACUCGCCGCUGGGACUGGCCAAGAGCAGCUCGUCGCCACGGGCCGAGAUCUACGAGCUCGUGGACCGGGGCGUGGACUGUUUUGAACGCGCCGUGGACCUGCUCGAGUCGUACAGUCGCCUAUACGUACUCAGCCGGCUGUACCAGAGCCGCAAGAUGGCGGGCGAAGUGCUCGACACGUGGCGGCGCAUCGUCGAGGGCGAGCGCGAUGACGGCGGCGAGCUCCAGGAUGGAGAGCAGCGCGUGCGCGAGUACCUAUCCAAGAUCAGCAACCAGGGCCUGGUCCGCGAGUACGGUGUCUGGCUGGCUGCGCGCAACCCCAAGCUGGGCGUGCAGGUCUUUGCCGACGACGGCGGCCGCGCGCCCAAGUUCCACCCGGCCGACGUCGUUGCUCUGCUCCGCGAGGAGGCGCCCGACGCCGUCAAGUACUACCUCGAGCACCUCGUCUUCGACAAAGGCCACACCGUCUACGUCGGCGAGCUCGUCAGCCACUACCUCGAGGUGGUCAUGACCGACCUGGAGUCGUCGGCCGCGGCGCGCACCAACGUGGCGGCCAUGUACGCGGCCUACCGCGCGCUAAGGCCGCCUAAGCCGACGUUCCGACGCUUCCUGACGGACAACGCGCCCCCCGGCGACGAGGUCUGGCACUCGCGCCUGCGCCUCCUGCAGCUGCUCGAGGGCCCCUACGAGUACGACGUCGCGGCCAUCCGGGAACGCAUCUCGGCGGGGCAGCAGCGGGUGAGCAACGGCGAGGAGGAGGAGCAUGACAGGGAGGAGGGGGAGGAGGACCUGCUCGUCCCCGAGACUGUCAUCCUGGACGGGCGCGAGGGCCGCCACGCAAACGCUCUCCGACUGCUCGUCCACGGGCUCGGCGACUACGACUCGGCCGUGUGGUAUUGCCUCCGCCAGCGGCCCGCAGCCGAGACGGACGCGGAGGAGGAGGAGGAGGAGGAGGCCGCAGACGACAGGAACCAGCAACGCCAGCCGCUGCAAGCCGCCGCCGCCGCCGACAGCAGGCAGCAAAAGGCGGCGGCGGCGGCGGCGGCGCAAGAGAGGACGACACGCGCCCUCUUUGGCGCGCUCCUGGCCGAGUUCUUGGCGCUCGGGGACGCGAGCGACCGGGUCGAGCAGACGGGCGCGCUGCUCGAGCGCUUCGGCGCCCAGUUCGACGUGCUCGAGGUCCUGCGCCUCAUCCCCGACGCCUGGGGGCUCGACGCCGCCCUCGCCGGCUUCCUCGGCAGCGCCCUCCGCCGCGUCGCCCGCGAGCGCCACGAGGCCCGCGUCGCCCGCGCCCUCAGCUCCGCCGAGAACCUGCGCGUCUGCGGCGACCUGCUCGCCCUCGUAGACGAGAAGGGUCCCACGGUCGAGGCGGCCGAGUGAG